AUGUCUAAGAGACCCAUUUUAUAUAUUUCCGUGGAAAGCUCCACCGAUACCGUAGAAAUUAUAAUAAUGUUAUUAUUGUAUCUUGCAGAGCAUUUACGUAGACACACUCAACAAAGACCAUUUAUGAUCUUUGAAUUUACAUAUCUUUUAAUUAACCGGAAAGUCAAAGAUGUUUACGUGAAGAGAGAGGUCAGCAAAGACGAAGCUGUCAUUUUUAUGAAAGGAAAAGACAAUAAAUAUGAAAUCAUACCACUAAGUAAUACCGCAAAAUUAUCUUAUCGUGAUGUUCUCGUUAAAGGAAGAGCCAAUGAAACCAAAGACUUAGAGGAUUUUAUGAAUAGACGUCAUAGACAUAAUGAAAAUUAUGAUGAUUUACCCGACGCACCACAAGAAGUAUUGUCUGAGGCCGAACAGGAAAACCUUAUUUUUGAAACACUUCGUGAAGUUUACAAAGAUAUAAAGGCUGGUGAAUACUUUGAAAAAGCCUUUGAAAAGUUGGAAAGGGGAUUUUGA